AUGAAUUCUUGGGGCACCGAAAUAGACUGUGACAACAGGGAAGAAAAGACGAGGAGAAAGAAAAAAAAAAAAGAGAAAAAUAAAGUAACGGAAAUGAAAGAAAUAAAUGGGGAAGAAAAAAAAAAUGAAAAAAAGAAAGAAAUGGAAAGAAAAGAACAGGAAAAAAAAACGA